AUCUCAUGCAAUGAUCGUUUCACCAGAAUUAGUGACACGAUAUUUAAUUUUGCUGUAUAUGAACGAUUCUUGUUACUCUCUACAUAAAAUAGUACUUACAAUAAAUACAAGUGGUUAACUGCUACUGUUAUUCGUUGGUAUAUACAUAUAUAUAUAUAUAUAAAUAUAUAUAUAUAUAUAUUUGUAUAUGUAUAUACCAUAUGUAUGCAUAGUAAAAUUAGAAAUAAUGAAACAUUCGUUAACAAAUUGAAGACAGCAAGUAUAAUAGAGUGGAUCUUUAAAUUGACUAGUAAAAGUAUUAAACUCGAUUUGAGUUAAUUUUUAGUGACAAAAACGAUGGCCAGUCCGCGGACUCGAAGAGUUUUGAGCGAAUUAAAGCCUAAAGAUGAAAAUAAUAAAUGCUUUGAAUGUGGUGCGCAUAAUCCUCAAUGGGUGUCUGUUACAUAUGGUAUAUGGAUUUGCUUAGAAUGUUCAGGUAAACACAGAGGACUUGGUGUUCAUUUAUCAUUUGUUCGUUCCAUUUCGAUGGAUAAAUGGAAGGAUUUGGAAUUAGAAAAAAUGAAAGUUGGUGGAAAUAGAAACGCUCGAGAAUUCUUUGAAUCGCAGCCAGAUUGGGACGGCUUGUCUAUAGCACAAAAAUAUAAUACCAAAGCAGCGGCGUUAUAUAAAGACAAGAUAGCAACAUUAGCUCAUGGAGAGAAAUGGAGUCCAACUACUUCUACAGCCAAAGAUUUUGAACCAACAACGUACUUUUCUAAUCAACAAGACUAUUCGUCCUAUCAGAGCGAUACAUCUGGUUCUUAUCAAAAUUUCAAUUCAAGCAAUUAUAAAGCUCAAACUGAAGCUUUCUUCACAAGGAAACAAAGUGAAAAUGCCACUCGUCCUGAGAAUGUUCCACCCAAUCAAGGGGGUAAGUAUGGAGGAUUUGGUUAUCAAAUGGGCCCACCACCUAAAAGUUCGUCGCAAGAAUUUUUUGACACUGCAGUGUCUUCUUUAGCAAGUGGAUGGUCAAUAUUUUCCUCGUCUGCGACAAAAAUAGCAAGCAUAGCUACAGAAAAUGCUAUUAGAAUUGGGGAACUGGCGACACAAAAGGUUCGUGAUGGUACUUUAUUAGAAGAUGUUGGAGUUCAAGUUAAUAAUUUGGCAACAAAGGUUGGCGAUUUGGGUAGAAGAGGAUGGGGUGAUAUUGGGGGAACAAAUUCGAUGGAACAAAAUCAUUACAACUCGAAAGAAAACUAUCAAAGUUCUUCGACUAGUAGGUACCAGAACAGCGAGGUCGAAUUGUAUUCUACCGAAAAAACAUCAUUAAUGAAGACAUCGCCGCAGUCAAAAACUAAUAUAUCAACUACAAAUUCUUCCGUAUGCGAAUGGGAUUGGGGUAAUGAUAAUACGAAACAGAAUAAAGAGAAAGUAACAGAUACUAAACCAACUGCAAAGAAAUCAAAAGACAAAGUUAAAGAAGAAGUUUUAAUUAAUUUUGGUGCUGAUAGUAAUGCACCAAAUUGGGAUUCAGAAUUGGAAAACGAUGCAUGGGAAAUAUUAAAAAAUUAAUUACUAUUAAGAGAAAUUAGGUAAUUUUCAAUGAAAU